UAGAUAGUAACGAUGCCAAAGGCAAGGUCGUUAGUCCUCUUGGUAGGACUUUUGUGCUUGUGCUGCUUGGGAGGCACGGCACAAGCAGAGGCGGAGUACAUGGCAUACAAGGACCCGAAACAGCCCGUAAAUCAUCGUAUAAAGGACCUUAUGGGUCGAAUGAAGCUAGCCGAAAAGAUUGGUCAGAUGACGCAACUGGAUCGUGCCAAUGUCACAGCUGACAUCAUGAGGGACUUCUCAUUAGGCAGUAUACUGAGUGGCGGAGGGAGUGUGCCGCGGCUACAGGCCAGUCCACAGGACUGGAUCAAAAUGUUCAAUGAGUUUCAAAAUGGUUCACUUUCAAGCCGGCUUGGAAUCCCGAUGAUUUAUGGCAUUGAUGCGGUUCAUGGCCACAAUAAUGUUUAUAGGGCAACAAUUUUCCCACAUAAUGUCGGACUUGGAGCUACUAGGGAUCCAGAACUAGUGAAGAAUAUUGGUGCUGCAACUGCUCUUGAAGUUAGAGCUACUGGCAUCAAUUAUGUAUUUGCACCAUGCAUUGCGGUCUGCAGAGAUCCGAGAUGGGGUAGGUGUUACGAGAGUUAUAGCGAAGAUCCUGCAAUAGUAGAACAAAUGACUGAUAUCAUACUCGGAUUGCAAGGUGAACCUCCAGCUGGUUUAAGGAAGGGCGUUCCUUAUGUUGGUGGAAAGGACAAGGUAGCCGCCUGUGCAAAGCACUUUGUUGGAGAUGGCGGAACAGUCAAGGGCAUCAAUGAGAACAACACAGUGAUUGAUAGGCAUGGACUGCUGAGCAUUCAUAUGCCUGGUUACUACCAUUCUAUCAUCAAGGGUGUCUCAACAAUCAUGGUGUCCUACUCGAGUGUGAACGGGAAGAAGAUGCACGCCAAUCACGAGUUUGUCACCAAAUUUCUUAAGGGUACCCUUAAGUUCAGGGGUUUUGUCAUCUCUGACUGGCAGGGUGUUGACAAAAUUACCUAUCCGCCCCAUUCUGAUUAUCCAAACUCUGUUCUUGCUGGUAUUCAAGCUGGCAUUGACAUGGUCAUGGUUCCGUUCAAUCACACCGAGUUCAUUGAUAUCGUAACAACCCAUGUCAACAACAAAUUAAUCCCCAUGAGCCGUAUUGAUGAUGCCGUCAAGAGAAUUUUGCGAGUCAAGUUUGUGAUGGGUUUGUUUGAGAACCCGUUGGCUGAUCAGAGUUUUGUUGACAAGCUUGGAAGCCAGACUCAUAGAGAUCUGGCACGCGAAGCAGUCAGGAAGUCGCUUGUGCUGCUGAAGAAUGGGGAAAAUGCAGAUUCACCAGUUCUACCGCUCUCUAAGAAGGCGAAAAAGAUCCUAGUUGCUGGAACUCAUGCCAACAACUUGGGCUAUCAGUGUGGAGGUUGGAGUCUCACGUGGCAAGGACUUACUGGCAACAACAACACUGCUGGAACCACCAUCCUAAGCGCCAUCACAGCUGCAGUUGAUCCCAGCACAGAAAUUAUGUUCAGCGAAAACCCUGAUGCUGAUUUUGUCAAGUCUAAUAACUUUUCCUAUGCCAUUGUUGCCGUUGGGGAGCCCCCUUAUGCUGAGACCAACGGGGAUAGCUUGAAUUUGACCAUUGCAGAACCAGGUCCAAGCACCAUCACCAAUGUCUGUGGUGGAGUCAAAUGCGUGGUUAUCGUUGUCUCUGGCCGUCCUGUUGUGAUUGAGCCCUCCGUUUCCUCGAUUGAUGCGCUUGUUGCUGCAUGGCUUCCGGGAACUGAAGGCCAUGGAGUGAGUGAUGUUCUUUUUGGAGAUUAUGGAUUCACAGGAAAGCUUCCUAGGACAUGGUUCAAGACAGUAGAUCAACUCCCUAUGAAUGUUGGUGAUGCACAUUACGAUCCCCUCUUUCCCUUCGGUUUUGGACUUACAACCGAUCCAGUUGAUCAGUCAUCUUAGUUAAUACUUGUUCUAGCUCUCUCUUUGUUCUACUUGUCAUUUCUUGGAUUAAUAACUCA